CGUUCAAAAACAGAGUUGUGGCCGGAUGGCAUUUUAAGUGUAUAAAGUACGAUGGGGCGAGAUAUUAGCAAAACCGGUUAACAAAGGAUGACCUCAGGCACAGUAUUCACGAGCCCACCACCCACUCCCUCGGCCCAAGUAGACAACCUCGCUCUCCUAAUCGACAACUCCAAAACCAUAAACCACCUUAUCCAAAUCCACGCCGCACUCCUCCGUCGAGGCCUGGACCAUCACCCCAUUCUCAACUUCAAGCUCCAACGCUCCUACUCCUCACUGGGCCACCUCCACCACACUGUAACCCUCUUCCACCGCACCCCAAGCCCAAACGUUUUCCUAUGGUCCGCCAUCAUCAACGCCCACCACGCCCACUCCGACCGGGCCCUAUCCUACUACGCCCAAAUGCUGGCCCACCCCGUCCGGCCCAACGCCUUCACCCUCUCUUCCCUCCUCAAAGCCUGCACCCUCCACCCCGGCAGGGCCGUCCACUCCCACGCCUUCAAACUGGGCCUCGCUUCCGACCUUUACGUCUCCACGGGCCUCGUCGACGCCUACGCUCGGGGCGGGGACGUUGUCUCGGCGCAGAAACUGUUCGACACAAUGCCCCAGAAGAGUUUGGUUUCUUCGACCGCCAUGCUGACAUGUUACGCGAAACAUGGGAUGCUCCGAGAGGCGAGGUUGUUGUUUGAAGAGAUGGAGGUCAAGGAUGUGGUUUGUUGGAACGUGAUGAUUGAUGGGUAUGCUCAGCAUGGGUAUCCGAAUGAGUCGUUGUUGCUUUUUAGGAGAAUGAUGGGUAUGAAGGUUCGGCCGAAUGAGAUAACUUUGGUGGCUGUUUUGUCGUCUUGUGGACAGCUUGGUGCUUUGGAAUCUGGAAAGUGGGUGCAUUCGUAUGUUGAGAAUAAUGGGGUUGGGGUUAGGGUUAAUGUUCGUGUGGGUACUGCGUUGGUUGAUAUGUACUGUAAAUGCGGGAGCUUGGAGGAUGCGCGCAAGGUGUUUGAUGUGAUUGAGGGAAAGGAUGUGGUGGCGUGGAACUCCAUGAUUAUGGGGUAUGGCAUACAUGGGUUUAGUGAUGAGGCUUUGAGGUUGUUUCAUGAGAUGUGUUGCGUUGGGGUUAAACUUAAACCCUCUGAUAUUACCUUCGUUGCCGUUUUGACUGCGUGUGCGCAUGCUGGUUUGGUAAGGAAAGGAUGGGAGGUUUUCGAUUUGAUGAAGGAUAGGUAUAAGAUGGAACCGAAGAUUGAGCAUUAUGGGUGUAUGGUGAAUCUUCUAGGCCGAGCUGGGCGUGUGAUAGAAGCUUAUGACCUUGUGAGGAGCAUGGAGGUUGAGCCGGAUCCUGUCCUGUGGGGGACUUUGCUAUGGGCUUGUAGAGUCCAUAACGAUGUUUCUUUGGGAGAGGAAAUUGCGGAGUUUCUUGUGAGCAAUGAUUUGGCUAGUUCGGGUACUUAUGUCAUUCUCUCUAACAUGUAUGCUGCUGCUCGUAACUGGGUCGGUGUGGCCAAGGUGAGAUCGUUGAUGAAAGGGAGUGGAGUUGAGAAGGAACCUGGUUGUAGUUCAAUUGAAGUUGACAACAGGGUGCAUGAGUUUGUUGCUGGUGAUUUGAGACACCCGAGGAGCAAAGAUAUAUAUUCGAUGCUGGAGGAGAUGAAUGGUUGGCUCAAGGCUCGCGGUUAUACGCCAAACACUGAUGUGGUGUUGCAUGACAUAGGGGAGCAACAGAAAGAGCAGUCGUUGGAAGUUCAUAGUGAGAAGCUUGCCUUGGCGUUUGGGCUUAUCAGUACAAGUCCAGGAACUGCAAUCAAGAUUGUAAAGAACCUUCGAGUGUGUUUGGAUUGUCAUGCCGUGAUGAAGAUGGUAUCUAAGAUCACUGGCCGUAGAAUUAUAAUGAGAGAUCGGAACCGGUUCCACCACUUUGAGAAUGGUUCAUGUUCGUGUGGGGAUUAUUGGUGAACUUAAUUAGUUAUUUCUCCGUAAAAUUCUAAUAGAGAAGCACCAGAUGAGUUUGGAUUCUCUACCAGAAGCAACAUAUCCACCUUAUGCAAUUAAUUAUAGAAAUAUUUUUUAUAUUCCUAUUUUUAAUAACCAUCAGAUAUAUGAAUUUAAUGGCCAAGAUCGCUGCUGCAGAGGAUCCGAGUGCAAUUCAUGAGAAAUUUUAAGGACGAGUUUCAGGAAUAAGGACCCUGACCAUGCAAUAUCUUCUGUUUCCUGUGUAAUGAACAAUAAAAGGCUCAGAUUUUGCAAGAUAUUGACUAGAGGGGAAGUUGACUGGAGAGGAUCAACAUUCAAAUUUCUGUUGUAAAUUAACAUGUCAUUUAAAAUUUUAGUCCUACAAUGCUAAAUUUAAAAGGUAGGAGCGGGCAGUUGAGAAUGUCUAAUUACGCCACAGGUCGAAUAUUACUCAAAUCCCUGCACAACAUUUUGAAUAUUGUAGGUUUUAAAACUGUAUCAUUAGCAAUACAUGCAGCAAUCUUGAUUCUUGAAUAUUAAAGGCGGAAUGUUAUUCAA